GAGAGAGAGAGAGAAUUUCGUGCGCGUGCCUUGCAGUGGAAGUGCAGGAGAGCUGGUGUGCGUGUGUUGGAGAUACAGCGAGUGGGUGGAGAGAGAGGCAGCUCGUGCACUGUGCCGGUGUCUCUGACAGAUAGAAAAGCGAUAGGCGCUUAGGGGAAACCAACAGUGACUCGCUCAAAAAGACACAUCUAAAAAGAGCGGACCCCCGAGCGUCUGAGGCGGGACGGACACGGACACGGCUGAGGCGGAUUUGACACGGACACGGCGCUCGAGGAGCUCCCGGUUAACGAAUCAUCUCCCGCGAGGUAAAAUAAACACACACUCACACCGUUUACUGAAGUUGAUGUUGUUACUGUGUACUAUUCUGAUCCUGUGAUGAUGAUGUUGUUGUUGUUGUUGUUUAUGUCGCUGUGCUAUCGAGUUGUUCUGUGUCUUCGCCUUCGGGUUGUUACAGUUUUUAUAGAUAAGCCUAUAGCCAUAGGUUAGUCAUAGGUUAGUCAUCCCCCGGCCAAAAGGCUUUAUCUAUUUUCAUACUGAGCGCUGACAGACAAGUCCACAUGGUCAGUCAGAUAUUGUUGCUAAAUGUAUGAUACAUGUCCACAAACACCAGAUACCGGUUUUGCUUUGUCCUUGACAAUUCAUUUAUUUGGACAAGUUUUGCUGAAUGGGCCCUGUACGCAGGCUACCUUCUCGGUUUACCGGAGGAAUAAUUAGGUCAAACGGCAACUGAAGUACGUGGUGAACUGGCAGUGACGGUGUGUGCUCCGGUCCUCCCAGAGAGAGAGAGAGAGAAAAAAAGAAAAAGAGAGUGAGAGGGGGAAGUAGGGAGAGAGCGAAAGAGAGAGGUAGAGAGAGGAAGAUGAAGAAAGGAAGACAGAGAGGGAGCGAGUUAGAGGAGGGGUGAGUAAGGAGAGAGAGGUUUAGUUGACAGCCCAAUGAAGGCUGUGAGCAGGAGGUCUUUAGGGGUAAAAAUAUAAUGUGUCUUAGUUCAGCCAGGGCACAGGAAUGCCACACACAAACACCCCGAUUAGUAGCUUGACUGGCCACUAUGGUUAUAUCAUCUCAGUGGGUCAAAUGGAUUCUACAGAGAAAUAUGAUACAUACACACACACAUACAGUGCAUUAGGAAAGUAUUCAGACCCCUUGACUUUGUCCACAUUUUGUUAAGUUACAGCCUUAAUCUAAAAUGGAUUAAAUACCUUUUUUCCCUCAUCAAUCUACACUCAAUACCCCAUAAUGGCAAAGCAAAAACAGGUUUUUUGAAAUGUUUGUAAAUGUAUUACAAAUAAAAAACAGAAAUACCUUACUUACAUAAGUGUUCAGACCCUUUGCAAUGAGACUCGAAAUUGAGCUCAGGUGCAUCCUGAUUCCUUUGAUCAUCCUUGAGAUGUUUCUACAACUUGAUUGGAGCCCACCUGUGGUAAAUUCAAUUGAUUGGACAUAAUUUGGAAAGGCACACACCUGACUAUAUAAGGUCCCACAGUUGACAGUGCAUGUCAGAGAAAAAACCAAGCCAUGAGGUCAAAGGAAUUGUCCGUAGAGCUCCGAGACAGGAUUGUGUUGAGGCACAGAUCUGGGGAACGGUACCAAAAAAUGUCUGCAGCAUUGAUGGUCUUCAAGAACACAGUGGCCUCCAUCAUUCUUAAAUGGAAGAAGUUUGAAACCACCAAGACUUAUGAAACCAAGAUUGAACUCUUUGGCCUGAAUGCCAAGCGUCACGUCUGGAGGAAACCUGGCAACAUCCCUACAGUGAAGCAAGGUGGUGGCAGGAUCAUGCUGUGGGGAUGUUUUUCAGCGGCAGGGACUGGGAGACUAGUCAGGAUCGAGGGAAAGAUGGACGGAGCAAAGCACAGAGAGAUCCUUGAUGAAAACCUGCUCCAGAGCGCUCAGGACCUCAGACUGGGGCGAAGGUUCACCUUCCAACAGGACUAUGACCCUAAACACACAGCCAAGACAACGCAGGAGUGGCUUCGGGACAAGACUUUGAAUGUCUUUGAGUGGCCCAGCCAGAGCCCGAACUUGAACCCGAUCGAACAUCUCUGGAGAGACCUGAAAAUAGCUGUGCAGCGACGCUCCCCAUCCAACCUGACAGAGCUUGAGAGGAUCUGCAGAGAAGAAGGGGAGAAACUCGAGGUUGUAAUCGCUGCCAAAGGUGCUUCAACAAAGUACUGAGUAAAGGGUCUGAAUACUUAUGUAAAUGUGAUAUUUCCAUUUUUUAUUUCUAUUACAUUUGCAAAAAAUUCUAAACACCUGUUUUUUCUUUGUCAUUAUGGGGUAUUGUGUGUACAUUGAUGAGGGAAAAAAACAAUUUAAUCCAUUUUAGAAUAUGGCUGUAACCUAACAAAAUGUGGAAGAAGUCAAGGGGCCUGAAUACUUUCCGAAUGCACUGUACGUACACGUUUGGCCCCCAGUCUACCAUGACUCUUGUUGACCAGUGGUUAGCCCACUGCAGGUACUAAGUGUUGUUGUUGUUGUGAGUAAGGUUCCAGUCUCGGGUUGGCCAUACAGGUCGAAAACAACGUUAUACAGAUAUUUAUAUUUUUUUCCCCCCUGAACUACACUGAACAAAAAUAUAAAUGCAACAUGUAAAGUGUUGGUUCCAUGUUUCAUGAGCUGAAAUAAAAUAUCCCAGAAAUGUUCCAUAUGCACAAAAAGCUUAUUUCUCUCAAAUGUUAUGAACAAAUUUGUUUACAUCCCUGUUAGUGAGCAUUUCUCCUUUGCCACGAUAAUCCAUCCCCCUUACAGGUGUGGCAUAUCAAGAAGCUGAUUAUAAAGCAUGAUCAUUACACAGAUCAUUAUUGCUGGGAACAAUAACAGGCCACUCUGAAAUGUGCAGUUUUGCCACACAACACAAUGCCACAGAUGUCUCAAGUUUUGCGGGAGCAUGCAAUUGGCAUGCUGACUGCAGGAAUGUCCACCAGAGCUGUUGCCAGAGAAUUUUAUAUUCAUUUCUCUACAAUAAGCCGCCUCCAACGUCGUUUUAGAGAAUUUGGCAGUAUGUCCAACCAGCCUCACAACCGCCGACCACAUGUAACCACGCCAGCCCAGGACCUCCACAUCCGGCUUCUUCACCUGCGGGAUCGUCUGAGACCAGCAACCCGGACAGCUGAUGAAACUGAGGAGUAUUUCUGUCUGUAAUUAAGCCCUUUUGUGGGGAAAAACUCAUUCUGAUUGUCUGGGCCUGGCUCCCCAGUGGGCUGCGCCCCUGCCCAGUCAUGUGAAAUCCAUAGAUUAGGGCCUAAUUUAUUUAUUUCAAUUGACUGAUUUCCUUAUAUGAACUGUAAGUCAGUAAAAUUGUUGAAAUUGUUGCAUGUUGCAUUUAUAUUUUUGUUCAGUAUAGUGUAGUAGGCUACUCGAUAUGGGUGCAAAACCACUAUUUUCUGCAGGUGAAGAACUGGUUACUAACUGUCUCUCUCCUCGGCCACAGGGGCAGUUGGAUCAGCAGAUUAAUGAUGGUGCACCGGCCUAAAUACACACAGACACACACACUAAGUUCCCUGCGUCCCGCCUCCAUCUGUCACACUCCAACAAGCGUGUCACAGUUUCUGCAGUGUUCAGCUAAAACGCUCCUCUCUCCUCCUUAAAACCUCCCAUAAAGCUCUGUUACCACGGUGAUCAGUUCAACCCAGCAGCCAUAUGCUCCACUCUCCUCUUCCUGCUGAUUCUACACUUUCCCUACCCUCUUUUCCAUCCCUCUCUGAGCCUUCUCUCUGAUCUCUCUCUCUUUUCAUCACCCCAUCUCUCUGUCUGUCUCUCACUCAGUUCUUCACUGCUUCUCCCCAUCUCUCUCCCUCCCUCUCACCCUCCUUCCCUCUCUCUCUCAUCUCUCCCUCAUCUCUCUCUGUCUCACCCAUCUCUCUCUGUUCGUCCCCUAAAUCUCUUCACCCCUCUUUCUGGAUCUAUGUAAUCCACUUUCUUUGUAGCCAUGGUUGUGUCCCAAAUGGCACCCUAUUCCAUAUGCAGUGCACUACUUUGGACCAGACACUACAUAGGGAAAAGGGUCAAUUAGAAACGCAGGCCAUGUCUGCCCAAUCUAUCUAUUAUACUAAUUGCUUUAGACAUAACAUUAGUAAUCAUAACUCCAAUAGGGUGGUGUUCCAUAAAUAAGUGUCCCCUAUGACACUGUGGUGUUACAGGAAUAAGUGUUCCUGUCCAAGGGGUUGGAGCGCUGGCCGGAAUGUGGUUUUUCCCAUCAGUGGGAUCAGGAGCUCAGCUCGGAAUUCUGGGAAUAUUGCUGCCGGCAGAUCGGAUGAUGCCUCCCACAGCUGCUGUUACUAAGAAAAGCCUAAGAACACACACGUUACGCAUACACUCUCACUGCGCACACACACAUUUACUAUGUACACACACACUCAUGUACACACCCUUAGACCCAACCAGGCAGCCAUGGGGUGUGUUGUAAAGGGGGAAAGAGGUCAGAGAGAGGCAGCAUAAGUAAUAGCUGUUAUAUGGGAUCUGCAAGUGACAUUAAGUAGGUGUGUGUGUGUGUUUGAAUCAGUAACUGACGUGUGUGUUUUGUAAUUUUCAGAGAGGAUGUCUGAAGCAAUCGUCCCAGAAUCCUCAGGGCUAAGGUCAUGUGACGAGUUAUGCUCCUCCCCUCCGCCAUCCUCACCCCCCCUUGCCACAGAGGAGGAGUGUCACCAUGACAACAGAAAGGUGGAGCAGCAGGUAAGACUUGCGACUGAAUGAGGUGUUAUUAUAGAUCAGAUAGGUGACAUGACUGGUGGUCCCCGAGGAUGUGGUUGAGGAAUGCCAUGUGAUGUCACUGUGUGAUGAUUUGUCACUUUUUGUCCCACAGAAACCAGUCAGUAACCAGGGGCAACCAGCCAGGAAGAGAACCAAGGUAUGCUCUGUUUCUGUCACACACCUACACUACGUAGAGCCCUAGAUAUCACUGUUGUGUAUGUAUAUGUGUCAGACUUGGUCAAAUACACUUGAUUUAGCCCCGGGUGGGCAGGGUUUGCACUUCUGGGGCUAUUUCAUUGGUUAAUGUUGUUGCUUGUUUCAGGCCAAAGGCAGGUUGGUGAGGAGCAUGGCUGUGUGUGAUGAGUCAUCCCCACCCUCCCCUGCUGACACCACCCAGGACAGCCAGGUAACACACAACACACACGUACACACACAAACACUCAUAAGACACACACACAAAACACGCACGCACAACACACACACAGACACAAAACACACAAAACACACAUACAACACACACACACAAAACACGCACACACAGCACACACACAUACAACACACACACAUACAACACACACACACAUCAUGUAAUGUUUGAUGUUUUAGAGCUCUGUUGAAGUCACCAUGCUGCCAGGUUGCCAUGACAAUGAGGAGGAAGAGCAGAGCAAAGAACCAAACGUGCCCACGUUAAUCAUCUCAGACACCAGUCAGGAAUACACAGACUCUACUGGGAUUGACCUGCACCAGUUUAUCAUCACCACCCUGAACAGCAACCCCAGGUACAGAAAACUCCUGUGUGUGUGUGUGUGUGUGUGUGUGUGUGUGUGUGUGUGUGUGUGUGUGUGUGUGUGUGUGUGUGUGUGUGUGUGUGUGUGUGUGUGUGUGUGUGUGUGUGUGUGUGUGUGUGUGUGUGUGUGUGUGUGUGUGUGUGUGUGUGUGUGUGUGUGUGUGUGUGUGUGUGUGUGUGUGUGUGUGUGAAACUGCUUGGCUGGCAAUGAUGUCAUGAUGAUGUCAUGGUAAUAAUAUGAUGUCAUGGUGAUGUCAUCUUUCAGGGACAGGAUGAUGCUGUUGAAACUGGAGCAGGAGAUGAUCGACUUCAUCACAGACAACGGGUAUGUGUGUGUGUGUGUGUGUGGCCAUUCUUUUUUUAAAUGCAAAUAUUAUUUGUCUAAGCAAGACUGUCAUCCCCUCCCUCAUUAUUCUCUCCCCCCUCUCUCUCUCUUUCUCUCUCUCUCCCUCUCUCUCCCCCUCCCUCUCUCAGUCCCUAUAAGAAAUUCCCUCACAUGUCUUCCUACCAUCGUAUGUUGGUCCACCGGGUAGCAGCCUACUUUGGCAUGGAACACAAUGUGGACCAGACUGGCAAAUCUGUCAUCAUCAACAGCACCAGUAACACACGCAUGUACGUAGCUCUCUCUUCUAUGUGGUAUAUCAGUACGCUUGCAACAACAGGAUUGUGGGUUCGAUUCCCGCUGGGGCCACCCAUACAAUAACGUGUGUACUCACUACUGUAAGUCGCUUUGGACAUAAAAGUGUCUGCUAAAGGACAUAUAUUAUUGUUGUUGUAUUAUUCUAUAUUUCUGUAUGUGUGUGUAGACCAGAGCAGAGGUUUAUGGACUAUGUCCAGGAGGAGAGAGGAGAGGAGAGUCAGUGGAGAACCAUACUGAAGAGAGACAACGCAGAAGACAACCAGGUAGCUCUCUCUCUCUCUCUGUCUGUUUUCUUAGUAGUAUAUACAGUGAGGGAAAAAAGUAUUUGAUCCCCUGCUGAUUUUGUACGUUUGCCCACUGACAAAGAAAUGAUCAGUCUAUAAUUUUAAUGGUAGGUUUAUUUGAACAGUGAGAGACAGAAUAACAACAACAAAAUCCAGAAAAAUGCAUGUCAAAAAUGUUAUAAAUUGAUUUUUAUUUUAAUGAGGGAAAUACAGUGAGGGGAAAAAAAGUAUUUGAUCCCCUGCUGAUUUUGUACAUUUGCCCACUGACAAAGACAUGAUCAGUCUAUCAUUUUAAUGGUAGGUUUAUUUGAACAGUGAGAGACAGAAUAACAACAAAAAAAUCCAGAAAAACGCAUGUCAAAAAUGUUAUAAAUUGAUUUGCAUUUUAAUGAGGGAAAUAAGUAUUUGACCCCUCUGCAAAACAUGACUUAGUACUUGGUGGCAAAACCCUUGUUGGCAAUCACAGAGGUCAGACGUUUCUUGUAGUUGGCCACCAGGUUUGCACACAUCUCAGGAAGGAUUUUGUCCCACUCCUCUUUGCAGAUCUUCUCCAAGUCAUUAAGGUUUCGAGGCUGACGUUUGGCAACUCAAACCUUCAGCUCCCUCCACAUAUUUUCUAUGGGAUUAAGGUCUGGAGACUGGCUAGGCCACUCCAGGACCUUCAUGUGCAUCUUCUUGAGCCACUCCUUUGUUGCCUUGGCCGUGUGUUUUGGGUCAUUGUCAUGCUGGAAUACCCAUCCACGACCCAUUUCCAAUGCCCUGGCUGAGGGAAGGAGGUUCUCACCCAAGAUUUGAUGGUACAUGGCCCCGUCCAUCGUCCCUUUGAUGCGGUGAAGUUGUCCUGUCCCCUUAGCAGAAAAACACCCCCAAAGCAUAAUGUUUCCACCUCCAUGUUUGACGGUGGGGAUGGUGUUCUUGGGGUAACAGGCAGCAUUCCUCCUCCUCCAAACACGGCGAGUUGAGUUGAUGCCAAAGAGCUCGAUUCUGGUCUCAUCUGAGCUAAAGGGUAGAGCUGCCGCUUUCAAGGAGCGGGACUCUAACCCGGACGCUUAUAAUAAAUCCCGCUAUGCCCUCCGACGAACCAUCAAACAGGCAAAGAGUCAAUACAGGACUAAGAUUGAAUCGUACUACACUGGCUCUGACGCUCGUCGGAUGUGGCAGGGCUUGAAAACUAUUACAGACUACAAAGGGAAGCACAGCCGCGAGCUGCCCAGUGACACAAGACUUCCAGACGAGCUAAAUCACUUCUAUGCUCGCUUCGAGGCAAGCAACACUGAAGCAUGCAUGAGAGCACCAGCUGUUCUGGAUGACUAUGUGAUCACGCUCUCCGUAGCCGAUGUGAGUAAGACUUUUAAACAGGUCAACAUUCACAAGGCCGCAGGGCCAGAUGGAUUACCAGGACGUGUACUCCGAGCAUGUGCUGACCAACUGGCAAGUGUCUUCACUGACAUUUUCAACAUGUCCCUGACUGAGUCUGUAAUACCAACAUGUUUCAAGCAGACCACCAUAGUCUCCGUGCCCAAGAACUCUAAGAUAACCUGCCUAAAUGACUACCGACCCGUAGCACUGACGUCUGUAGCCAUGAAGUGCUUUGAAAGGCUGGUCAUGGCUCACAUCAACAGCAUUAUCCCAGAAACCCUAGACCCACUCCAAUUUGCAUACCGCCCCAACAGAUCCACAGAUGAUGCAAUCUCUAUUGCACUCCACACAGCCCUUUCCCACCUGGACAAGAGGAACACCUACGUGAGAAUGCUAUUCAUUGACUACAGCUCAGCAUUCAACACCAUAGUGCCCUCAAAGCUCAUCACUAAGCUAAGGAUCCUGGGACUAAACACCUCCCUCUGCAACUGGAUCCUGGACUUCCUGACGGGCCGCCCCCAGGUGGUAAGGGUAGGUAACAACACAUCUGCCACACUGAUCCACAACACGGGGGCCCCUCAGGGGUGCGUGCUCAGUCCCCUCCUGUACUCCCUGUUCACCCAUGACUGCAUGGCCAGGCACGACUCCAACACCAUCAUUAAGUUUGCCGACGACACAACAGUGGUAGGCCUGAUCACCGACAACGAUGAGACAGCCUAUAGGGAGGUCAGAGACCUGGCCGUGUGGUGCCAGGAUAACAACCUCUCCCUCAACGUGACCAAGACAAAGGAGAUGAUUGUGGACUACAGGGGAAAAAAAGAGGACUGAGCACGCCCCCAUUCUCAUCGACAGGGCUGUAGUGGAACAGGUUGAGAGCUUCAAGUUCCUUGGUGUCCACAUCACCAACGAACUAUCAUGGUCCAAACACACCAAGACAGUCGUGAAGAGGGCACAACAAAGCCUAUUCCCCCUCAGGAGACUGAAAAGAUUUGGCAUGGGUCCUCAGAUCCUCAAACAAUUCUACAGCUGCACCAUCGAGAGCAUCCUGACUGGUUGCAUCACCGCCUGGUAUGGCAACUGCUUGGCCUCCGACCGCAAGGCACUACAGAGGGUAGUGCGUACGGCCCAGUACAUCACUGGGGCCAAGCUUCCUGCCAUCCAGGACCUCUAUACCAGGCGGUGUCAGAGGAAGGCCCUCAAAAUUGUCAAAGACUCCAGCCACCCUAGUCAUAGACUGUUCUCUCUGCUACCGCACGGCAAGCGGUACCGGAGUGCCAAGUCUAGGUCCAAAAGACUUCUCAACAGCUUCUACCCCCAAGCCAUAAGACUCCUGAACAGAUAAUCAUGGCUACCCGGACUAUUUGCACUGCCCCCCCACCCCAUCCUUUUACGCUGCUGCUACUCUGUUAAUUAUUUAUGCAUAAUCACUUUAACUCUACCCACAUGUACAUAUUACUUCAACUACCUCAACUAGCCGGUGCCCCCGCACAUUGACUCUGCACCGGUACCCCCCUGUAUAUAUAGCCUCCCUACUGUUAUUUUAUUUUACUUCUGCUCUUUUUUUCUCAACACUUUUUUUUUUUUUUUUUUUUUUUUUUUUUGUUAAAAAUAAAUGCACUGUUGGUUAAGGGCUGUAAGUAAGCAUUUCACUGUAAUGUCUGCACCUGUUGUAUUCGGCGCAUGUGGCCAAUAAAAUUUGAUUUGAUUUGAUCUGACCACAACACUUUCCCCCAGUUCUCCUCUGAAUCAUUCAGAUGUUAAUUGGCAAACUUCAGACAGCCCUGUAUAUGUGCUUUCUUGAGCAGUGGGACCUUGCGGGCGCUGCAGGAUUUCAGUCCUUCACGGCGUAGUGUGUUACCAAUUGUUUUCUUGGUGACUAUGGUCCCAGCUGCCUUGAGAUCAUUGACAAGAUCCUCCCGUGUAGUUCUGGGCUGAUUCCUCACCGUUCUCAUGAUCAUUGCAACUCCACGAGGUGAGAUCUUGCAUGGCGCCCCAGGCCGAGGGAGAUUUACAGUUAUUUUGUGUUUCUUCCAUUUGCGAAUAAUCGCACCAACUGUUGUCACCUUCUCACCAAGCUGCUUGGCGAUGGUCUUGUAGCCCAUUCCAGCCUUGUGUAGGUCUACAAACUUGUCCCUGACAUCCUUGGAGAGCUCUUUGGUCUUGGCCAUGGUGGAGAGUUUGGAAUCUGAUUGACUGGUUGCUUCUGUGGACAGGUGUCUUUUAUACAGGUAACAAGCUGAGAUUAGGAGCACUCCCUUUAAGAGUGUGCUCCUAAUCUCAGCUCGUUACCCGUAUAAAAGACACCUGGGAGCCAGAAAUCUUUCUGAUUGAGAGGGGGUCAAAUACUUAUUUCCCUCAUUAAAAUGCAAAUCAAUUUAUAAAAUUUUUGACAUGCGUUUUUCUGGAUUUUUGUUUUGUUAUUCUGUCUCUCACUGUUCAAAUAAACCUACCAUUAAAAUUAUAGACUGAUCAUUUCUUUAUCACUGGGCAAACGUACAAAAUCAGCAGGGGAUCAAAUACUUUUUUCCCUCACUGUAAGUACUAUAUAAGCUUGCAUAUUUGGAUAGCUUUUAGAAGUCCUUGUCAGAGUUCCUGAUUUUGAGAUGUUGUGUUCUGAUCCUGCCCCCACCAGGCAAGGCUUCACCCACUACGCGAGGAGAGGAGGAGCAAAUCAAUGGAGGAGAGAGAGGAGGAGUACCAGAGAGCUAGAGAAAGGAUCUUCAACCAGGAGGUACACACACACACAAACACAUACACACACACUCUCUCUCUCAUCUCUUAUCCUUUCUUCUGUCUUCCACAGCCUGCCUGUCCCCAGGAGACCAGGUAACAUUGUUUUUAUGUUUGACGUAAAACAAAGUUGGGUUAACAUUUUUUUAUUUUCUCCAAUGGACGGUUGUAAUAACAUUGUGAUUAAUAACUGAUUACUGUGUGUGUGUUGUCUUUGCAGGUCUAUAGAGGAUGGUAGCCCCCAUGCUGCGACCCAGAGAAGGCAGCUCUUUAGGUGAGUGUGGUGGCUGAGUGGUACUGAAUCUUGACCGUACCAGUAGCGUUUAGCUGAACACACUACCGGGCCUUUAAUGACCAGUUUACUAGUUUAAAUCAUUUGCUGGUGUGUGUGUGUCCUAUAGGGGUACCAGGGGUAACUCGGGCUCAAGCCGACAGAGCAGCACGGAGACUGACUACAGUCGCUAUAGUAACUGGAGCAGCACUGACUCAGGUCGCUAUAGCAACGACCCCCGACCCUGGAGCAGCACAGACUCAGACUCUGCCUACCAGAGGCCAAACCCCGCCCCCAAGGCCCGAACAGCCAAUCACAGCUGGGACGCACGAGGUAGAGAAGACAAUCUAAUUUAAUUGAACUACGAUCGUGAUCCUUUACCAUGUACUUUAAUGUCUACCUUCUCUCUGUUUCUCCCUUCUCUCCUUUUCCCACCUUCUCUCUCCCUUUCCCACCUUCUCUCCUCCUCUCUCCCUUUCCCUCAUCAUCUGUCUUUCCCAGAUGACCAUGCCCCCACCACAGGCUCCAACUACCUCACGGUGCCCAUUGAGAACGGGAUUCCACCAGGAAGUAUAUUACUGAACCCACAUACAGGUACACACACACAUACACAUGUAUAUGUGAAAGGGGAAUUGGGAAUCGGGAGUUUAACCUUGACCCCUGACCCCAGGCCAGCCCUUCCUAAACCCAGACGGAACCCCCGCCAUCUACAACCCCCCCGACCCCCAGCAGCCAACAAGAAGCCAGCCUCAGCAGCAGGCCCCUCCGCCGCAGCAGCCAAUGGCUGGCCACACCGUCCCCCAGGUACAACACUGAUUGCACAGUAACCAAAUAGAAUUUGUAUACAAAUACAAUAAUCUACCUAUUCAUUAGUUAUACUAAAUGAAUAAACAGUUCUGGCUACGCAAUCGGAUUGGCCAAAUUGCGUUCCAGCCGUGUCGAUAAUAGCAAUAAACAGAGCCCGUUUUUGUAAUAGAAGACUCUGGCAAUAACAACGCUUUCUCUCUCUCGCUCCCUUUCUCUCAGGUGGUUCAAUAUUCGUCCGUCUCUUACCCUCCCCAGCAGUUGCAAUACUCUACGGUACUAUGUGUGUUCGUGCAUGUUUGUUUUUGUGGAUAUAACAGUGUAUGCAUGAACAGUAUAAAUCUAGUGUGUGUGUCUGUAUGCGUGUCUGUGUUAACGUGCUCUCUGUGGUCCUCAGAGAGAGGACCUGUCGUCCCAGUUUGGUCACAUGACUGUGAGCUGUCAGUCAUUGGGGGAAGCUCCGCCUCUAUAUCCUCCCUUAGCCCCUCCCACACAGAGUUACGUCUAUACCGCCCCUCCCCCUCCUCACAACCCCCCCAGCUACUGUCAAUCCCCUCCAACUCAGGUAGGAAUAACACAACACAAUCAUAAUAGAAUGGUAGCAUAGAAUGGUAGAAUGAUAGAAUAGUCCCAUGUGUUGACAUGAUGUUGAACUCUGUACUGUAGGUGCCUGUGUAUUACUACUCUACUACUCAGUAUCCUACCUCAGCACCCCAAAGACCUGCCACACCUACCCAGGCCAUACAGCCUACAGGUACACAGCUGUGUGUGUGUGUGUGUGUGUGUGUGUGUGUGUGUGUGUGUGUGUGUGUGUGUGUGUGUGUGUGUGUGUGUGUGUGUGUGUGUGUGUGUGUGUGUGUGUGUGUGUGUGUGUGUGUGUGUGUGUGUGUGGCAGUAGGGAGGGGGGCCGUUACACUGUAAGAGAUGUAGUCUAAGGUCUCACAGUGAACCGGUCUCUUUUCCUGCUGCUUCUACUCUACAGAGAGAGGGGGGGAGAGCGUGAUCCUGAAUUGCUGCUUGUCAGAUAUUACAGCGAAUGAUACAGCUUUGAAUUAGCUUUAAACAAACAAGCAAUUGAUUUAUGUUUUAUGAAUAAUCUGCUGGGUCUUUAUAUCUGUGUGUGUGUGUGUUGUGUAGGUUACUCUCCUGUCAUAGCCAAUCAGCAGCAGAGCUACCAGGGGAUGAUGGGUUUGCAGCCACCUCAGAGCCAUGCCCAAAGAUUGAUGGGUUCUUAUCCACCUGGCCCCUCUCAUCCAUGUGGUGUAACACAGGUAACUAUGACAACCACAGUGUCAUAUACAGUGGGGGAAAAAAGUAUUUAGUCAGCCACCAAUUGUGCAAGUUCUCCCACUUAAAAAGAUGAGAGAGGCCUGUAAUUUUCAUCAUAGGUACACGUCAACUAUGACAGACAAAAUGAGAAAAAAAAUCACUGAUAAUCUCCCUCGAUCUGGGGAUCCACGCAAGAUCUCACCCCGUGGGGUCAAAAUGAUCACAAGAACGGUGAGCAAAAAUCCCAGAACCACACGGGGGGACCUAGUGAAUGACCUGCAGAGAGCUGGGACCAAAGUAACAAAGCCUACCAUCAGUAACACACUACGCCGCCAGGGACUCAAAUCCUGCAGUGCCAGACAUGCCCCCCUGCUUAAGCCAGUACAUGUCCAGGCCCGUCUGAAGUUUGCUAGAGUGCAUUUGGAUGAUCCAGAAGAGGAUUGGGAGAAUGUCAUAUUGUCAGAUGAAACCAAAAUAUAACUUUUUGGUAAAAACUCAACUCGUCGUGUUUGGAGGACAAAGAAUGCUGAGUUGCAUCCAAAGAACACAUUUACAUUUACAAAUACACCCUAUAGCCAGUGGGAUAACCACUUUACAAUAGUUUUUUUUUUUUUUUUGGGGGGGGGGGGGGGGGGGGGGGUAGAAGGAUUACUUUAUCCUAUCCCAGGUAUUCCUUAAAGACACCAUACCUACUGUGAAGCAUGGGGGUGGAAACAUCAUGCUUUGGGGCUGUUUUUCUGCAAAGGGACCAGGACGACUGUUCCGUGUAAAGGAAAGAAUGAAUGGGGCCAUGUAUCGUGAGAUUUUGAGUGAAAACCUCCUUCCAUCAGCAAGGGCAUUGAAAAUGAAACGUGGCUGGAUCUUUCAGCAUGACAAUGAUCCCAAAUACACCGCCCGGGCAACGAAGGAGUGGCUUCGUAAGAAGCAUUUCAAGGUCCUGGAGUGGCCUAGCCAGUCUCCAGAUCUCAACCCCAUAGAAAAUCUUUGGAGGGAGUUGAAAGUCCGUGUUGCCCAGCGACAGCCCCAAAACAUCACUGCUCUAGAGGAGAUCUGCAUGGAGGAAUGGGCCAAAAUACCAGCAACAGUGUGUGAAAACCUUGUGAAGACUUACAGAAAACGUUUGACCUGUGUCAUUGCCAACAAAGGGUAUAUAACAAAGUAUUGAGAAACUUUUGUUAUUGACCAAAUACUUAUUUUCCACCAUAAUUUGCAAAUAAAUUCAUUAAAAAUCCUACAAUGUGAUUUUCUGGAUUUUUUUUCCUCAUUUUGUCUGUCAUAGUUGACGUGUACCUAUGAUGAAGAUUACAGGCCUCUCUCAUCUUUUUAAGUGGGAGAACUUGCACAAUUGGUGGCUGACUAAAUACUUUUUUCCCCCACUGUACACUCAGUGGCCAUUUUAUUAGGUACACCACCCUGUUCACGAAAAUGGUUAGCUCCUACAGACAGUGAGUCACGUAUGCAUGGCUUGCUAUAUAAAGCAGGCAGACAGGCAUCGAAGCAUUCAGUUACCGUUUGAUUGAACGUUACAAUUGGCAAAACGAGUGGCCUAAGCGACUUUGAGUGUCGUAUGAUCGUUGGUGCCUGGCGCGCCGGUUCCAGUAUCUCAGAAACGCCCGCCUCCUGGGCUUUUCACGCACGACAGUGUAUAGGGUUUACUGAGAAUGGUGCGACAAACAAAAACAUCCAGUCAGCAGUCCUGUGGGCGAAAAGAGCUCAUUGAUGAGAGGUCGAAGGAGAAUGGCAAGAAUUGUGCAAGCUAACAGGCGGGCCACAAAUAGGCAAAUAACGGCGCAGUCCAAAAGUGGUGUGCAGAAUGGCAUCUUGGAACGCACAACUCGUCGGUCCUUGUCACGGAUGGGCUAUUGCAGCAGACGACCACACCGGGUUCCACUCCUAUCAAACAAGAAGACGCGUCUCCAGUGGGCACACGAUCACACUAAACAAUUGAGGACUGGAAAAACAUUGCCUGGUUCGACGAAUCCCGGUUCCUGUUGCGUCAUGCUGAUGGCGGAGUCAGGAUUUGGUGUAAUCAGCAUGAGUCCAUGGCCCCAUCCUGCCAGGUGUCAAAAUCACAGGCUGGUGUAAUGGUGUGGGGAAUGUAAAAUGUAUGCAGGCAUGACUAAGUUGCUUUGGAUAAAAGUGUCUGCUAAAUGGCAUAUAUUAUACCAAUUGAGCAACGUUUCCAUGCCCUGAAGAAUGAAUUCAGGCUGUUCUGGAGGCAAAGGGAGGUCAGACCCGGUACUAGAUGGUUGUACCUAAUAAACUGGCCACUGACAGUAAUUAUUCAGUGUCGAAUUAAAUGUGCCUAGUGUUGUCAGGCUACUGAUCAAAUCUGUGCCUAAAUUAAAUCUCUCUCUUGCUCUUUCUCCCCCAGGGUGGUGUGGGGGUGUCGUACCCCCAGAGUGGUCUCAUGUCGCUGGGUGAGGGAGGUUACUGCUGCAUGGUGUCUCCAACCUGUCCCCCUGGUCCCAUACCCCCUCCCCCUCUACACACCGGCUGCCAUGCCUCCAGCUGUAGCAACAUCAGCAGCCAGGGGUGGACGGGCAAAUACUGACACACACACCCACCCACCCUAAACUUACAUAAACCCCACACAUAUCCACACUUGACCUCCCUUCCCCCCCUACCUCUACUUGCACAACCCCACUGGACUGUGUUUAGAUUGAGAUGCAACCAGUGUUCAAACUGUUACACACACAGUAUACCACAGGCAAUGUAUUGUGCCAAAGCUGUAUCAGAGGUACUGUACUGAUUUAAAAGCAUAAUUUAUAUACUCCAGUUGAGUUUUGUAUGGAUAUGAAAUGAUUAUAUAUGAUGUAUUGUAGUGUUUGAGCAGAAUAAACUGAUGUGGCUGAUUUGACAUGUCACCUUUCUAACCAGUCAUCCUUCUCUUUCACACACACUAAUUAGUAUUUUAUCUGAUUUUCUAAUGUACACACUGCUGCCAUUGUUACUAUUGAUUGUACCACAAU